CAUACAUGUCAAAUAAAACAAUUAAAGUUACAAUUAAACUAUCAACAUGAGUUUUACUUUUUGAUUAAUCGUUUACCAUUGAUUGAAUAUCUGUAUAUUGAAUUAUGCAAAGGUAUACAGAAUGGAGAGCAAGAUCAUUAUCAAAAUCAUUAUGAAAAUAUUCCUACAUUAUUGAAAUUAAAAGAAUUUGUCUUUUGUUCUUCCGAAGUAACAAAUUAUACUUAUUUAGAACUAUUUAUAUCUUUAUGUUCUAAUCUCCAACAUUUAUCAUUAAAUUUGGCUAGUGACCAAUCUAUUGAUGGUCACCGUUUAGAACAAAGUUUAUUAAAAUUAUCCAAAUUAAUAAAAUUUAACUUUUGUAUUGAUAAUCCAAUGACUACUAUUCAUUAUAUUGAAACAUAUCAAACAUCCUACUGGCUUGAGAAUUAUGCUAUUAUCUCUUUUCGUACUAGUGUAUGGAGAAAUCGUCAGUGCAUUUUUUCAUUACCCUAUAGUUUUUCCAAGUUCUAUUUUGGAUUAAAUGAUAUGGCUGAUUAUCAAACAAAUGUAAAUUACGAUGAUAUUUUAAUGUAUAGUAAACGAAAUAUGACUGAAGCAUUUUUUAUAUCCGAUAAUAAACCGUUUACACUCAAAUUCUUUCAAUUUAUUAAACAAAUUUGCGGUAAAACAACAAAAUUAACGAUUAAUAGUUAUGCUGUUAACACUCGUUUAGAUGAUGAUUUAAUGAAUAAUAAUGAUUUUGUUUUAAUAAACGUUGUUUAUUUAAAACUAUCGAUCAAUAAAUUAGAAUUUAAAUAUCUAAAACGUUUACUUUUAAUGACUCCAAAUGUACAACAACUAGAGAUGCUUUGGACCUUAUCAAUGUUGAUAUUAGACUUAAAAACAAAAUACUAUUUACAAUUACAACCCAUAUUCAGUCGCAUUAGACAUGUGCACAUUUUUUAA